ACCAUCAAGCAGAACGAUUGGCUUGCUUCGCUCAAGGCCGCUGGAGUUCUCCUUGAGAAGCCAACUGUCGACGAGGCUUACCUCAAUGCUACUGCUGGACCUCUUUUGCCUUUCCCGACCAAUGGCACCUUGAGCAAGCGUCAAGCAAGCUGCGACAGCACUUAUGCGAUCGUCACGGACACCACGCAGCGUUUCGUCGACUGGGACGUUCAGAUGUCACCCGUCGUGUGUGCGGUUGGUGAUAUGGACAUCAACGUCAUGAAAGGAUAUUCGGUCGCCAAUGCUGUCACGGUCAGUGGAGGAGGCAGCCCAACACUCAUCGCCGAUAGGUUGACUGCCCAAUUUGGCGUCAGUUUCAGCCGUACCUGGACUACACAAGACUCGAUAACGACCAAGGGUACAGUCAAAGACGGCAACUGCGGUGUCAUGAUCACCAGACCCCUGGUCACACGUCGCUAUGGUCGCACAAUGCAAGGAUGUCCUGGAAGCUACAAGCAGAUUGGUGCUUGGAUGGCCGAUGAACAUGGUGAGGGAAGCUAUGCUGGUAUUGACUGGGUUUCGGGUGCCAUCUCCAUGUGCACGAAGAAGCAAGCUGCACCUCCUCUCACCCGCUGCCACGGUGCCGGCGAGUUCGUGUAG